AUGGUUUCAGAUCUGGAUUCAUUGGGACCGACAUCAGAAGCGGCUGUAGCAGCGGCUGGAAGCAAAGGCAGUUGGCCAUCGGUGUCGCUUCGCCAUUUUAUGACGUCAUCGGAUGAUGUGAACGUGUCGUGGGGUGCGUGGUCUGUGGCGACGUUGUUCCCGUUCCGACUAUGGCCACUACUUCCACCUUGGUGGACGUUAUUGGCCACUGUGGGCAUGGUUUUCGUCAUUUGCCUCUACUUGUUACAUAUCAUUGGAUAUUGUUAUAGCAAAUAUCGACUGCAUCGAAUUGUCGACUUUGAUCCAAAUGCCCCUGGAGUAUCAAUUCUAAAACCGUUGUUAGGAGUGGACAAACACUUGAAAGCUAACUUACAGUCGUUUUUUACAAUGAAAUUCCCUAAGUUCGAAUUGUUGUUUUGUGUAAAAGAGAGACAUGAUCCAGCUGUGGGUAUUGUCAAGCAGCUUAUGGACAGAUAUCCUGCUGUCGAAGCGAGGAUAUUCUAUGGAGGUGAGGAUGUUGGAUUGAAUCCAAAAAUCAGCAAUAUGAUGCCGGCUUACCGUAAUGCGAAGUACCCGAUGGUGAUGAUCAGCGAUGCAGCAAUUAUGAUGCGAUCGGACGCGUUGAUGGAUAUGGUAAAUGCAAUGGAAGACGAUGUGGCUUUGGUCACCCAGAUGCCAUAUUGCAAAGAUCGAGAAGGAUUCGCAGGCGCAUUAGAGCAGGUACAGUAUUUCCACAAGGUUCGACUUAUGAGUUAG